AUGGAAACUCAGCUCGCGCCCGCGCCCGCGCCCGCGCCCGCGCCCGCGCCCGCGCCCGCGCCCGCGCCCGCGCCCGCGCCCGCGCCCGCGCCCGCGCCCGCGCCCGCGUUUCAGCGUAAACAAGCACUUACAGCUACAGUCGCGUUACAUUGUUGUUCAUGUAUCCGCUACACGUCGACGUAUGGCAAGGAGCGCGGCACGUUCAGCAGCCCCGACUACCCGCGCCCCUACCCGCCUCGCAUCGACUGCCUCCUCUACACCUUCGUCGCGGCGCCCCACGAGAUUGUCGAACUCGUCUUCACCGACUUCGACAUUUUCAAGGACCAUCUUGAGUGA